AUCACUACCUUUCUUGCAGCCACACUCGUUCCCUACCUAUCCUCCGCCUCCUUGUGGCGCCAUGCCCCGAGAAAACAGCGACUCCGACGGUCGGUCGCUGACACCUGACAUGGAGGACGGCUUCGCUUCUUCGCCCACACACGAUCACCCGCAUCCCCCGCGCCCCUCGUUCCACUCCCAACGCCAACACAAAGCGCACGAGGACCACCCUCCCCCGCUGGACCUCCGCCACACGCACAUCCCUCCGCUCGAUCGAUUUCGCCAGGCCGCGCGCAAGGUCAUCGCUCUGCACCGCGGGGUCGACACCGUGCAGCAACGCGGUGUCGGCAUCGAGCCGGGCGUCGACCCCCGCUCCCCCGCCGCGGACGUCGAGUUCGAGCACCUGCGCGAGCGCUGUGUGAUCGAGAUCGCGGACUACUCCGCUGUGCGCAGCAGCUUCGGGCGGAUGACGAACGCGGAGUUCGUCGAGCUCAUGAACGACCCCGUCGCCAGCGAGCGCGAGCGGUGGGUCAAGGUGCGGUGGAUCUCGAUUGGCGGUGUGAGCUGGGAUGUCAUCAAGGCCGUGGCUAUAAGAUACAACCUGAACCCGAUGGCGCUGGAAGAGAUCGUGAGAUCGACCACGACCUCGACGGCGCGGUCGAAAGUGGACUACUUCUCCGAGCACCUGUUCCUGCGCAUACUUUGCCACGAGCUGGGCAACGGCAAUCCACUGAACGAGCUGCUCAACCAUCCUACUGAUACUACACUGGUCGAUGGGAGCGUACCUACGAAAGGCGACGGGCGUCCGACAUUAGGGGAGCGGCGCGUGACUGGGGAGCACAGACGGUUCAACGAAGCCGCGCUCAACAUGCUGAAGAGCAGUGAGCGUGUCGAUGUGCAUGUGCUUCCGAUGUACAUCUUCCUCUUGCGAGAUGGGACUGUUAUCUCAUUACAUUCGGCGCCGAAUUUGGAUCUCACUCAAUCCAUAACGACGCGACUACGGCAGUUCAACUCCAUGCUUCGGAUGUCAGCCGAUGCACCCCUGCUCGUGCAGAGUAUUCUCAACAUCAUUGUACACAAGGCCCUGGAGGUCGUGCAAGCAUACGAAGAGAAGAUCCAACUGGCCGAGCACAUGAUCCUCAGCCGACCGACCAUGGAGAGUGUCCGAAACAUGCAUGUCCUGAGCGCGGAUCUGCUGCUCCACCGACGGACACUGGCGCCCAUACAGGCGGUAGUCGGCACGCUGCGAAAGUACGACGUCGAUCGGGCCGCUGCGCUCGUGGACACGUCCCAGCACCCCGAUGAGGAGAUCAAGGUGGAAGGCUACAUGAGUCAGAAGGCCUUGACAUAUCUAGCAGACGUGAGCGACCACAUCGACCAUGUGAUCACGCAACUGGAAGACAUUGCUGGACGCGGGCAGAAUCUCGUGGAUUACACGUUCAGCAUGACGUCGUAUGACAUGAACCAGGUUAUGCGACAAUUGAUGAUCGUCUCGAUCGUGUUCAUGCCGUUCACGUUCCUCUGCGGCUACUUUGGCAUGAACUUUGAGCACUUCUUCCCUCAUGAAAGGCCUGACAAGUACUACUGGAUCAUCUCACUCCCCAUCGCAACGGCCGUCAUCUCCCUCUUCUUGUGGCCGGACAUCAAGGGUGCCAUCCAUUAUAUGCGCAAGCGCGCGCUCGUCAAUAACUCGCUAAGCGAUCAGCGCAAGCUCAAGACUGAUUGAGCGCGUGCAUGGCCAUGCGCAUGUCUUUAGGAGGGUGUACUACUUAUACUGUUGACAUUCAUUUAUGGGUCUGGGUCCUGGGAUCGUGGGACAGAGGGCAAGGUGCAGCCACGUUUUGUCCUCGCGGCACCCGUCCGUAUCUCCUCCCGUACUCCAAGAGAUAGAUGGGAUCGGCGAGAGAAGUUUCGCGGCCAAAAUCAGUGGCGGCUGUGGGCGGUUGAGUGCUAGUUUCAGCUGUGCGUGCCCUUCCCAACGCCCGACGCGUUCUUUCCUGCUCGAUCUCGUCUUCGCCCUUGCGUCCCGAUAACGCUAGAUGUGUGAGCGGCCCUGUAUGGGCUGAGGCGCGCAAUCGAGGAUCUCAACCCUCAUUGCACACCAAAAUGCCAGCUGUCAGCCGUUUCAGUUUCGGUUUCGGUGCAGUGCGGCCCGGCUUGAUGUGCACCAUAUUUCAUGUCAAGAGCUGCAGCGGAGAUCUACUGAUUCUACUCCUAGGCUCGCUGCGAAGCGCAGGAUGGGAGAAUGCUGUCGCUAACGAGGCCACCUGGGACCGCUGUUGCAUACCGCCGGAUGCCAUUUACGGUGGUGGGAGGUCUCGGCAAGUCCGCUUAGCUUUAUGGGCGGGUCCUCCAUCCUUGAGACGGGUGUGCUUUCACCAGCGAUGUUCCUUGACUCCUAUCAGAUGGGAGAAAUAGAGAGCAUGGUCGACAAGCGAACGGAGAUUGAUCUCACUGGAGGGGGAGCAGUAGGCAUAUUUAACCUGUUUAGAUGCAACAGUCAGCCAGCAGCACUUGCAUCGUGCCUCGAAUUGUGCCCAUGUCUCACGAGAUGUCCACCGAAGCUGCGGAUGUUCCCCCACUGACCACUUGGGCCGAGCUCGAAGCCCUUGGGUGGAACAAGGCGGCCGUUUACAACGCCGUCAGCGCUCUCCGUCCCGGCACAAUGUCCAGCGAUGACCAAGUGCAUCUGAACGACAGCUUCGCCAGCACUGUGAAGCCUCCGUCAGUUGACCUCCCACUGCUUUUUUGGCCGCGUUGAUGUGAAUUGCGACCAUCCGCUCCAGCAUCUCAUCGCACAAUACGACUAUGGCUGUCAGAGCGACGCUGGACCCGGCUCGCACGGUCAUCAAACACUCAGCCCGGACGCCGGUCGUGAUGUUCGACUCGUCGGCGCCCGGCCAUGAGCAUUUCCCUGGGACAUGGGACAAAGUGCUUGACGCGUCCGUCGAGGUCAGCCUCCCCGCCCGAAUCACCGUCAGCAACCGGGUCGAGUUUCCCGACGUCGGGGGCGAGAUCACCUUGACCACCGUCGCGGAUGCACCGUAUCCGCUUAAGGCGCACCAACCGUACCCGCAACGCAAGGAUUUUGUCAUCGAGUGCGUCCAGCCUGUUCCCGCGGAGGGGGUGCGAGCAUCGGCGCAGCUGGACUGACUGGGCUGCAGUAUCGCUGCCAACGAGCGCGUGACCAUCGUCGGGACGCCAAAGGUCGUGGAGACCACCGAGAUUUACACGCUUGUGCGUGCUUUGCUGGUUGCGGUGGCUUAUUGACCGACGGUCAGCUUGGAACUGAGUGGUUCACCUGAUGCUGAGACGAAGCCCGUGAUGACGCGCAUAUAGCCGAGGGGGAGGAGUUCCAGGGAGUCAGACACCGACAUUUUUGGCUUGCCGAAGUGGCUUGUGCCCGCGCCAAGUGGCUUUUUUUGGCUUGUGAUGGGAUUUGGCCUGUGAGUGAUGCCAUCAGGCUUGCAAGCCAAAAUGUCGGCUUGCCAAGCCAACAUUUUGGCUUGUGUCCGGCCAAAUAAAACAUGAUUAUUUCUAUACUCUAUAACUUUUCGCGGCUCUACAAGUGUUUCGGGUGGUCGCGUAAGACAUGUAAGGCCUAUGACAACAUGAAUGAGCUACGGUUU